AUGCGGUUCAAUGGACGGGGGGCGAGGAGGCAGCAGCGGAGGCAGCAGCGGGUCGUGCUGAGCCCUCCAGCAAGCACGGGCAUCCACCCACCCCUCCAUCCCCUCCCUGACUCUCAGUGCCGGCUGCUGUUGAGGGCCAUCGUGCUGCCUGCCGAGCGCUUCUCAAUGGACAUGGGGCGAGGAGCCAGCAGCGGAGGCAGCAGCGGAGGCAGCAGCAGAGGCACCAGCGGAGGCACCAGCGGGUCGUCUUGGGCUCUCCAGACGAAAGUAAAGAUGAGUAUCGUAGCACACCUGCCCUGCCUCUCUCCUCCCAACCCUCGUACUUGUGUUGCCUCUCAUGUCUCGCUUGCAUCAUGCAGCAAACUCUCUCCUUUACUGCCGUCUGUCAAACUCAAGAGACCUCCCUCCCCCAAGGUAGCAAGGAAAGGAGGGAGCAUAGUUGGCGCAACAAUGGAGGGGAGGGCAGCAGAGAAGGGAAAGGGGAGGGGAGGUAAAGAUAAGGCAACAGCCCUGUCAGCGGCUGUCAGCCCCACAACAGAGGAGGGAGCAGAGUGGCUAUGCUGGCCCUUUCCCUCUCUCGCCCUGCCUAAGGGGUGGGCUUGGCCUCUCAAGUGGCCCCUCCCUGCUCUCGCCUUGCAAACUCUCUUCUCGCUCUUGCACUCUCACCCUUCCUCCCCUCGCUGCCCACUGACCAGCUCUGCGUGUGUGCUUGCAGGUGGAGGGGAGGGGUGGGGGUCAACACCGACGCUCCCUCACGACGCCCCUCCCCUGUGGCCGUGCAGGUGCCUGUCUGUGGGGAUGGGAGCGGGGCAGCUCUGCCAGUCGCUGCCACAAGGGAGAGUAUCGGGUUGGGCUUGGCCUCUCAAGGCCACUGGGCAUCGAGAGAAGACUGUAGCAGAGAAGCUGAGUAGCAGACCAGCAGCAGCAGUUGUAGCAGCAGAAGCGGCAGCAGCAGCAGCAGCAGCAGCAGCAGCAGUGGGGGGUUAG